ACAGACCGCCAUCUACAUGUGAUGAGAGGAACAACACCCAUGUAAACCCAUCAGAUGUCCACCAAUCAAAGGCGCGCACAGGUCUCCGCCACGCCCUCUGCGCGCACCUGUUGAGGUCGCGUACCUGUGAGGACGCACGGAGAAAACAGCACCUGCGUCGAGCUGAGAGUAACCCACGCCGGCCUCUGAUCAUCUGGACAUGAAUCCGUGCAGAAAUCCACGCGUGAAUUUUUAGAAGAUCUGCGGAAGUUUGGAUUGUCAGGAUGGUGAGAUUUGCAAAUGCGAUUCCUGUUGCUAUUCAGUCGUCAGGGAAAACUGCGACUGCAGAAAUGGUUUACGGCUCUCAGCGAUCGAGACAAGAAGAAAAUCAUUAGAGACAUCACACAUCUAGUGCUGUCACGACCUCCCAAGGCCUGCAACUUCCUACAGUGGAGAGAUCUAAAGAUUGUGUAUCGGAGGUAUGCGAGUCUGUAUUUCUGUUGUGGUUUGGAGCAGGAGGACAAUGAGCUCAUCACGCUGGAGCUCCUGCACAGAUACGUCGAGCUGUUGGAUCAAAACUUCGGCAAUGUGUGUGAAUUAGACAUCAUCUUUAACUUCGAGAAGGCGUAUUUUAUUCUGGAUGAGUUUGUCAUCUGUGGAGAGGUGCAGGAAACAUCUAAAGCAUCUGUGGCCAAAUCGCUAGAGGAGGCGGAUUCUCUUCAGGAGACAAUGGAGGAGUAUAUGAACAAACCCACAUACUGAAAAACACACCUUCAGUCCAGAACAAGGACACUCAUGAUCAAUGUGAACCUUUUUUCAUGGACUGAAACCGCAAAACAUUCCACUUUUGCGUAUUUUGGCUAAAAUAGAGUGAUUGUAAUGGGUUAUAUGCACACGGGGCGAUACGUACUUCUGUUAUAAUCGCAGCCUAGCGCUGAGGUAAUUCUACCUUUGUAUUUUUUCCUACUAUAGUAGUCAAUGGGUGGCAAAACCUGUCGAAAUAUAUUUCUCUGUUCAUCAGAACAAAGAAAUUAAUACAGAUAUGGAACAUUUUCAUUUUCGGGUGAAGGAUCCCUUGAAGUGCUUCUCCUUUUGGGUUGUUGAUGUAUGACAUAAUGUUUGGAUAAUUUGACUAGGGUCGUUAAUCAUAAUGCUAUGUGGGAAAUUCCAGCAUUAUGGGUGUGACAUUUUGCUUUUUGGAUGUGACAUAAAAACGCUCAGAGAAUGUAUUUGUUACCAAUAUAUUGAACCAUCUGUUUAAAUUUUGUUUAGAGUCUGAACAUCAGAAUAAUAUCAGUCCAUGCAAGAGUUUUCUGGUUUAGAAACGGGAAAUAAACAUGCAAUAUCAAUGUGACAAAAAAAGGAUAUGGUUUUUGAGAGACGACAUACUUUAUAGGAAUUCUGUUAAUUAAGAUGCACAAACCAGAAGCAAAAAUUCUUACAAAUGAAGGAGGGAUGUCUCUUCAUAGAACAUAAAAUAGUUACUUUAUGAGGAUAUGUACCUUUAUGGAUGUGAAGAUAUAGAAAGUGGCACUUAAUGGAUGAUGGAAAAUCAUGCACAGAAAAAAAUGUAUCCUUCAAAAACUUUUUAACAGACUUUUUGACAUCUGUACUGGUAGUUUAGUAAAAACCUUUGGUAUAAAGCUCAUUUGCAUGGAAUUGCCCUUGUACAUCUUGAAGCGACUGAGUGAAAGACGUCAUUGUUCCCUAUGUUAAUGGACAUUACGGACGCCGGAUUUGAGAGCUGGCUGAGAUUUAAGAGGAAAUACGUCAUCGCUCUGUUGUGCAUAUACCCCAUUUUUCAACAAAGUGAGACAUUGUCAACAUUGUUGUUCCCUCACAACAUUUCUGUCAGAUUGCAGGAUUUAGGAUUUUAUGUUUAGAUUUAGGUUUGGGUAAGCAGUUUGUAUGUUGGUUUUAACCACAUAUUAUUUCCUCUUAUUUGGGGGAUGAGUUAUAGUUUCGACCUGUUUCUUUGGCAGGAAUGGUGAUCCAUGUACACAUUUCAUUUGAUUAAAUUACUAUGGUGAAAAGACUAAAACUGCUUUAUUUAAA